UUGGAGUAGAAGAUCUUCUGCUACUGUUACUAUAACUAAUAAAACAAAAACCGAACCGAAUUUGCCAUUUCCUCACUUACGGUUCGUUCUGCUCUCCAGAUUUUCCUCUUUUUUACUCUUUCAUUUUUCCCAUUGUCCUUCAUUUUCUAGCCAACCAAACACGCCCUUCAGCACCCAUAUAAGGAAAAAGAUAGAGAUCAGACCUCAUUUUGGUCUCUGUAAAAAGGCGAUGUCUUGGAGACGGUUAAUCACUCAGGUUUCACGACAAUCGGAGUCGGGACGAAUCGGUUGCUUGUUUAAUAGAACUAAUCUUUCUGGUAUGUUUAGGGGUAAUAGCCUUUUGAGUAACCAACAGAGGUUUAGGUCAAGCUAUGUAGGCAGUUUAGCUCGAAGAUUCCAAGAUGCGUAUGAAUCUACUGAAGUUGCUAAUUUAAGAGAACUUUACCUUAGAAAUGAUCCUGAAGCAGUGAUAAGACUAUUUGAAAGUCAGGCAUCAUUACAUUCUAACCGUUCUGCACUUUCUGAGUAUGUUAAGGCAUUAGUCAAAGUUGAUAGGCUGGAUGAAAGUGAGUUGCUUAAGACAUUACAAAAAGGUAUAUCUAGUUCAGCAAGAGAGGAAGAGAUUAAAGGUGGACUUUCAGCUUUGCGAAAUGUGGGAAAACCUACAAACAAUGGUGCCCUAGGAACUGCUAGUGCUCCUAUCCACAUGGUGUCUUCAGAAUCAGGGAAUUUUAAAGAUCAAUUGUGGCGUAUUUUUCGCAGUCUUGCACUUGGCUUCUUGUUGAUUUCUGGUAUUGGUGCACUUAUUGAAGAUAGAGGGAUUAGUAAAGGACUUGGUCUACACGAAGAGGUGCAAGUGGUGGAAUCUAACACAAAAUUUAAUGAUGUCAAAGGUGUUGAUGAGGCGAAGGCAGAGUUAGAAGAAAUUGUUCACUACCUUCAAGAUCCUAAGCGUUUUACUCGUCUUGGAGGCAAACUUCCAAAAGGAGUCUUGCUUGUUGGUCCACCUGGCACAGGGAAAACUAUGUUAGCAAGAGCUAUUGCUGGCGAGGCUGGGGUACCUUUCUUCUCCUGCAGUGGCAGUGAGUUUGAAGAGAUGUUUGUUGGUGUUGGAGCUCGAAGAGUGAGAGAUCUUUUUUCUGCUGCGAAGAAGCGAUCACCAUGUAUUAUAUUUAUUGACGAGAUAGAUGCCAUAGGUGGAAGACGUAAUCCAAAGGACCAACAAUAUAUGAGGAUGACAUUGAAUCAAUUACUUGUUGAAUUGGAUGGGUUUAAACAGAAUGAAGGAGUUAUUGUGAUAGCAGCAACUAAUUUUCCAGAAUCAUUGGAUAAGGCAUUGGUAAGACCCGGACGAGUUGACCGUCACAUUAUUGUUCCUUAUCCAGAUGUUGAAGGGCGAAGGCAGAUUAUGGAAUCCCACAUGUCAAAGGUCUUGAAGGCUGAGGAUGUUGAUUUAAUGAUCAUUGCUAGAGGUACUCCUGGAUUCUCUGGUGCUGAUCUAGCAAAUUUGGUCAAUAUUGCUGCUGUAAAGGCUGCAAUGGAUGGUGCCAAAGCAGUUACAAUGACUGAUCUAGAAUUUGCAAAAGAUAAGAUCAUAUUGGGAAGUGAACGCAAGUCAGCUGUGAUUUCUGAGGAGUCACUAAAAUUGACAGCUUUCCAUGAAGCUGGCCAUGCCCUUGUUGCAAUCCAUACCAAUGGGGCACUUCCUGUUCACAAAGCAACAAUAGUCCCUCGAGGAAGUUCUCUUGGCAUGGUGUCCCAGUUGCCUGACAAGGAUCAAACAAGCUUUUCUCGAAAGCAGAUGCUUGCAAGGCUUGAUGUUGCUAUGGGAGGACGGGUUGCAGAAGAGCUUAUCUUUGGGGAAAAUGAAGUUACUUCUGGUGCAGUGUCUGAUCUUGAGAAUGCGACUAAUCUAGCUCGAAAAAUGGUUACAAGGUAUGGCAUGAGUAAAGAAGUGGGGCUUGUUACUCAUUUUUAUAAUGACCACGGCAGAAGCAUGAGCACUGAGACUAGACUUCUUAUCGAGAAAGAAGUGAGGGAGUUGCUGGAGAGGGCUUAUAACAAUGCAAAAACCAUUCUCACCACCCACUGUAAAGAACAUUAUGCACUUGCUAACGCAUUGCUUGAGCAUGAGACACUCACAGGAAGUCAGAUUAAGGCUAUGCUUGCCCAGUUCAACUCUCAGCAGCAACAAGAACAGUGUGAACAGAGGAUUGAACCACAGAAUGGAUCUAAGUUCAACCCAGUGCCUUCAAGUGCAAGUCCAGCCACAUCUGCCGCUGCUGCAGCAGCAGCCACCGCCACCGCCACUGCAACUGCUGCAGCUAAAGGCAAAGGGGUUGCUCCCGUUGGAUCUUAGCAUGGAAUGAGCUGGUAGGGUUUCUUGCCUGUUGGUCAUUUAUUUAACUGGAUGUGCACAUACAUAAAUUCUUCUCCGGCCUUUAGGUUUUAAUUAACUUUGCCUGAUUGCUGCUGCUGCUCUGCUGCCACUGGGUUUAGUUAUGUACAACCUUGUGUCCGACCAUGUAUUGAAAGAUAUAUAAGAAUGAGUGACUUUGCCAUGGGGUUGUGGAGAAAUGCACGGCUUCCCCCUCCACCCCAAUUUUUCCUGAACACCCUUUUUGACAAAUUUCCUCGUGGUACAGUGGUAAUGUUCCAUUGAAUUGAAGAGUAUACUCUCCUUGGGAUAAAUUAGUAAAAAGCCUUAAUAAUAAAGUGCUAUAUUAUCACCA